AUGGCAUCCGAAGAGGCACGGAGGUCGGUGGAUAGCCACCAUCCGACCUUGAGCACACCACAAUCCCAGGACCCCGAAAAGAGCUCCGAGAAUGACGCCAAAGUCGAGAAAGUAGAAGAGGAAACAUACCCUUCGGGGUUGAAGCUGCUCAUAAUCAUGGCUGCACUGCUUUCAGCGGUUUUCCUCGUGUCUCUUGAUCGAAUGAUCAUCGCGACAGCUAUCCCGAAGAUCACCGACGAUUUCCAUUCGGCCGACGACAUUGGCUGGUACAGCACGGCUUUCCAGCUCACAGCAUGCUCAUUCCAGCUACUCUACGGAAAACUCUACACAACCAUGAACGUGAAGGGUGUCUUCCUCACUUCCCUGGCCAUCUUUGAAAUCGGAUCUGCGAUAUGCGGCGCGGCUCCGAAUUCGAUCGCCUUCAUCAUUGGCCGCGCGAUUGCGGGAACGGGGACCGGAGGGCUCGUGAGCGGCAGUAUGUCUCUUAUCGUCUACACCGUACCACUCCACAAGCGCCCUAUGUACCAGGGUUUCUUUGGUGCCAUAUCCGGUGUGGCUUCCGCGGCCGGGCCGCUUUUCGGCGGCAUCUUCACGUCCAAGGCCACAUGGAGGUGGUGCUUCUACAUAAAUCUACCCCUAGGUGCAUUGGUCGGCAUGGGAGUCAUGUUUUUCCUCCAGGUUCCGAAGGCACCCGAGAUGUCUCUCAGGGACAAGCUAGCCCAGCUGGACUUUUAUGGUACCGGCUUGAUUCUGCCUGGUGUCGUCUGCCUCGUUCUGGGGUUGGAAUGGGGAGGCACCACUUACGCUUGGAACAACGGCCGUAUCAUCGCCCUGUUUGUCAUUUCUCCGCUGCUACUGAUCGCGUUCGGCCUGGUCCAGGGGAUCAAGCAUGAUGGUGUUCAGUCCGAGGCCAACAACGAGUUUCUAGUGUUCUAUAUACCCGUCUGGCUGCAGGCCAUCCGAGGCCUCUCGGCCGUACAGUCGGGUAUACAAACCUUGCCCAUGCUUCUCCCCAUGUUUGGUGCCUCUCUUGUGGGGGGCAUACUCAUCAGACGCAUUGGCUAUUAUACUCCCUUCUCCAUCCUGGGGGAUGCAGUCGCAAGCGUGGGUGCCGGCUUCAUCUACACCCUCACUGCCGACAGCUCAAAGUCCCAGUAUCUCGGCUACCAGUCAAUAUACGGUAUAGGCCUCGGGCUUUCGUUCAUGGCGCCUAACAUUGCUGCGCAGACGGUACUUCCCAAGAGGGAUGUGCCCAUUGGCAUAGGGUUGAUAUUCUUCUCCCAACUGAUUGCACCGUCUAUCCUCGUUCCCGUGGCACAGACCGUGCUCAACACGCAGCUACAGAAACAGCUCUCUGGUCUCCCGGGUCUCGACAAAUUCUCACUGGCGGACGGGGGUGUAACUUCGAUAGUCGACCUCUCCCCAUCCGUAAGACCACAGGUGAUCCGUGGCUAUGCCAAAGCUCUUCAGCACGUUUUCAUGGUGGGCUUGAUCGUGACAUGCAUCAGCAUAUUCGGGUCGCUUGCUUUAGAGUGGAAGAACACGAGGGAACAGCUGAACGAGAAGAAGAAGCUGGCCGAUUCCAAUGCUCCAAAUGAAGAGGUGGAGGCAAAGUUGUCCAUUUCAGGUGGUCAAGAGAAGCACUGA